UCAUCAGAGAGUGGGCUGCACCUAGCCACCGCUCUAUCCUGCACUCCCAGUACCACAGCCACUUGGCAGCCCGACGUGGGCGGCAGGGGAAGACUUAGGGCUCUGUUGCUUCAGAGCGCCUCUCGCGAGAGCAGUGAGAGGCUGGGAGAGAAAGUGAGAGAGGGAGAGCGGGCGCGCGCGUCUUGGCUCGCGUCACUCGCACUCACUCUCGCCUCAGAGACGAGGGCGACCGUGUCGAAAAAGACUCUGGACGAGGCAGGGAGAUACAGAAUAGACAGGUGGCCCUCCACGCACCUGUGCAUCACGCAUGCUGCUCGGCGCGUAAAGGACACGGGCGAGACAAGCAUCUGCAGUUUAUACGACCAAGGCGACCGCCGGCUAGUGUGCACUUGCGAGCGUGGGACAGCAACUGCAGAACAUGAUGGUCGCGGCUCCCGCACUCGCUCAGUCACCACUGUCUAUGUCGCCGUCGGCGUCAUGGUCACGCGCCAAGCAAGCGCCCAGCCAAGCCGGCUUUGACGUACACGGUGGCGGCGGCAACAGCGGCAGUCCGAACAAGAAGAGGCGGCACAAGGAGCCAUUCGCGCCAGACAGCGCAGGCAGCAAGUCGCAGGAUAGCGUCAGCAGCAAGCGCAUCGACUCCAACCAUCCUCAGAGUCAGAAUGCCAAGAAGGACGUGACGGCGUCGCUCAAGACGCUCGCCGCGCUCGACGAGCUGCUCCAUAACCCCGUGCGGUUCGUCAAGACCCGGCGCAUAGCCGGCAGCUCGACUUUUGCCAGCAGCGGCAGCAACGGCAAAGCACAAGAGGGCGAUGGUGCGGCAAGCACACAACAGCAGCCGGGCCUGUUGCUCGGCCUCAAGAACCUCAUACCCGUCAACCUGCCCUAUUUUAUAAACGGAACCGCCAGCGUCAACGGCCAGCCGACAGCCGCCACCACUCAGGCGCACGACACAAGGGCUCUGAACGGCACGUCAAGGGGCAAAGGGCGAGCGACGGCCGACGAUGCGGCUACGGAGCCGUUCAUCGACCUCUGGCCUUACCCACUUGCCAUGCGCUUCCCCAACUCUGCGCAGGUCAGCACGGGCCUUGGAAACCACGGUAACACCUGCUACAUGAACUCGGUCCUCCAAGCUUUGCUGCACACGCCGCCGCUAGCCGACAUUCUGCUCAACCGACAGAAGCUCGCCUUCCUCCACUCCCUCGCCUCCACCAUGAAAGACGCUUCGCCCACCACGUCGCCCGUCAGCCCCGGGCCGGCCGCGUUCCGAGGGCGUGCGCGCAUCCCGUCAGCCUCAGCAGCGGUGUCACCGCAAUCGCAUGGCGCCAGCACGCAUACCUUUGACCCGCUCGCAUCGCUCGCACGCCUCGCAGAAGCGACCCUCGUCCGGCGGCAGCAGUCAGCUGGCGCUGGUGCCGGUGCCGGCACGGGGGGCAGCGGCAACAGGCCGAUCUACCCACGGGCCUUCAACGACCACCUGCCGCUCUUUGCCAAAGGACUCCGUAGGGGAAGGCAGGAGGACGCGCACGAGUUCCUUCGCUUGCUCCUCGAGGCACUGCAGGCCAAGUGCAUCGCUGGAUUGCCGCCACAGCCACCCUCGUCCGUGACGGCGUCCUCGUCGCCCAUCCGAAAGCCGGCCACCGCUGCUGGCGAGCCCACGGCGGAGGCGAAGGCGCGCGCACGUGAUGCGACGAUCAAGAGCUCCACAUUCAUCAACCGCAUCUUCGGCGGGCGCUUCAGGAGCAGGGUGACGUGCGUCUCGUGCAAGCAUCCGAGCGAUACGUUUGACGCAUUUCUCGACAUCUCACUCGACCUCAAUGCGCGCGCUGCCUUCCCCAGUGGCGGUGGCGGAAGGACGAGAGGAGGCGGCGGCGGCGCGAUGAGGCCAAUCAGCUCCGUCGUCGAUGCGCUUAGGCAGUUCACACGCGCCGAGCCGAUCGGCGGCGGGAGUGGCGCGUCGCAGGCGGACAAAUACAAGUGCGAGAAGUGCAAGCGGCGCGUGGACGCCAUCAAGCAAUUCACCGUCGACGUCGUCCCACCGAUCCUGACAGUGCAGCUGAAGCGCUUCAGCUUUACCGGCCGCAAGAUCACGCGGCCAGUCGCCUUCCCGGAGCGCCUCGAUGUCGGGCCAUUCAUGUCCGAGCCGCCGGCGCCGGGGACAAGCAAGCGCCGCGGCUGCAUGUAUGCGCUUUACGCUAUCAUUCACCACCAUGGCGGCGGGCCGAGCAGCGGGCACUACGUUGCCAGCGUCAAGGACGCGCAUGGGCGUUGGGCGCGCAUGGACGAUGAUCUCGUCAGCAGGAACCAUAAGCUCGAUCUCGACGACCCGAGCGCAUAUAUUCUCUUCUACAUGCGUGAGACCGACCAGUCCCCCGCUGAGGGGCCGAACGCGGCGCUUGGCAAGAUUGCGGCAGCAGCAGGAGCGGCGGCGAGCAACCACAAUCCACUGCUCCGGGCAAUCGGCGCCAUUGAGGUACAGCGGCAGUCGGAUGGGCUGAAGCGCAAGCUCGCAGACACGGAGCACGACGCUGCGCUCCCCAAUGGAGAAGGAGGUGGUGCAGGAGUCAAGAAGGUGCGGCAGGCGUCAGCAUACGUCGACGAUCUCCUCACACCCGCAGCAGCAUCCACCGGCGACCCAUCCGCGCCGAACUUCUUCGGCGGGCCGAGCGCAAGCAGUGAGAAAUUCCACAAGCCGAUUGACUUCGCGCCCCCCUCGAAAGUGCGCACUAGUGACACGAAUGGGCACGCGUCCUUGUCCUCGCCUGCCCUCGCGCGCGCAGCACAAUCAAGUGCCAAGGUAAAUGGUGCCGCGGGGGCAGCAUGCUGGCUCCCGUCUAGCGGUGCCAAAGGCACGCCGCGCAGGAUCGCGUUGAACGGGAGCGACGAUGAUAGUAGUGCGGCAGACGAUGAAGAUGUCGGCAUGGCUCUCGAGCGCGACUCAGCCCUGGGCUUCAGCGGCGUCGAGCACGCCGGCGCUGCUGCAGGAAGCGAGGACGAAGAUCAAAGCGAAGAGGACGGCAGCGCUCGCGACAAUAGCAGCGACGAUGACUACAACAUCGAAGACUCUGUCGCUGACGACGAUGACGAUGAUGAGUUCUUGCCAGGUAGCAAAGCGAAAAGUACGAAGGGCAGCAAAGUCAUCGCUGGCGGUGAUGGCAAGAAGCAACGCAGGCGAAGGCGUAGUACUGGCAACAAGAAGCCCGUGCAUGAGCAACAGCAACAGCGCGGUAAAGAAGCGCCUGGUCAGGGGCAACCUGGGCCGCGCUUAUUCAACGGCCGCAGUCUGAGCGUCCGGCAGCGGGGCAGCGGGUUGCACAGGGGCAUGCAGAAGCGGCCCUAGAGUGCCACAUACAACAUACAAUUUGUCACGUUCAACCUUUGCACCUUGAAAGCAGUAGAUCAUCAUUGCAGAGCAAUUCAAAGCAUUGGCGCGCACACCGCGCAAAGGUGGACA